GAAGCCACCAUCGACAUCUCUUUCAGGAUUUCUUAAUCAAAGCCCUCACUACUUUUCAACCCUCUUCUUCUUUUUCAAAAAAGAGAGAUUCUCGUCAAAAACCCAGCUGGCACAUUACGACACUUCUGUAUAAUCUCCCUAGCUCCGAGCCUCCAACACGUUAACUCCAAACCCUUGAAAUUUACCCCUAUAAAUUCACCACCUUUGUCUUUCGCUUUGUGUCACCAAAAACCCACUUCUUCUUUUCGCUUCCGACGAUGGCCUCGUUCAAGCUCUUCGCGGUGUGGUCGCUGUCCGUCUGCUUGUGCCUCUGCCCUUUCUCGGCGUCGGCUCAGCUGAAGCAGAACUACUACGCCAAUGUCUGCCCGAACGUCGAGACCAUCGUGCGCAAUGCCGUUCGACUGAAGUUCCAGCAGACCUUCGUCACCAUCCCCGGCACUCUUCGUCUCUUUUUCCAUGAUUGCUUCGUCCAGGGCUGUGAUGCUUCGGUGAUAGUGGCGUCCACUCCUAACAACAAGGCGGAGAAGGAUCACCCGGACAACUUGUCGCUGGCCGGAGACGGGUUCGACACCGUGAUCAAGGCGAAAGCGGCUGUCGACGCGGUCCCGAGCUGCCGGAACAAGGUCUCGUGCGCCGACAUCCUCACCAUGGCCACCCGAGACGUCAUCGCGCUGUCAGGAGGGCCGUCGUAUGCAGUGGAAUUGGGGAGAUUGGACGGGCUGGUUUCAACGGCGGCGAAUGUCAAUGGGAGGCUCCCUCAGCCGACCUUCGACCUUAACCAGCUCAAUGCCUUGUUUGCUUCCCAUGGCCUCUCCCAAACUGACAUGAUCGCACUCUCAUCUGCCCACACGGUCGGAUUCUCCCACUGCGGCAAAUUCUCAAACCGGAUAUACAACUUCAGCCGCCAGAACCCGGUCGACCCCACCCUGAACCGGAACUACGCUACCCAGCUCCAGGGCAUGUGCCCCCGGAACGUCGACCCGAGGAUAGCCAUCAACAUGGACCCGAUCACCCCCCGGACCUUCGACAACGUGUACUUCAAGAACCUCCAGAACGGGAUGGGACUUUUCACCUCGGACCAAGUCCUCUUCACCGACCCGCGGUCGAGGCCCACCGUGAACGCGUGGGCCAGUAGCACCCCGGCCUUCCAGAGCGCCUUCGUCACCGCCAUGACCAAGCUGGGCCGGGUCGGGGUCAAGACCGGGAGGAAUGGCAACAUCCGCCGCGACUGCUCCGUGUUCAAUUGAUGAUUCCGAUCUAUUGAAGAAGACAAUAAUGAAUAUGAUGAGACACAUUCUUAUUUUUGGUUUUGCUUAGUUAGCGAGGAAAGAAAAGUUUAAAAAACAAUAAAUUUGGGUUUCAAUGUAAGUGCGGAGAUGGUUGAAUGCACUUAUGCGUUGGAAUGACGAAUUCAACUGAGAAUAAUGUGGUUCCAUUGCUUUGUUAUGACUUUUUUUUAUCCAAUUGGAAUGCUGAUAAUGCUACGACGUGAUUCUUUUUGUAAA